AUGGGAAGUGCAGAGUUUUCAGACAGGAUGUGGAGUUACCGCUACAGCCUCAGCCCCCCCACACUGAAACCGAGCUGCUUCAGGCUGCACGAUUCCUCGCAUCUGGAGAAGAUAGGAGGCGCAUUUUGGCAUCUGGAUAACUGUCUCCGUCUAACUCCUGCAACACAACCCGGUUCAUUACUGCGAGUAGAUCUAACCCUGCAGAUUCAGGUGAUGCCUCUCCUCAGGACUCUGCUGUCAGCCCUGCUGCUAGUUCUGUCUGUGUCCGAGCCUCUGAACAGCCCAGAGGAAAAUGAAAAUGAAGUCUUUAAACACCCAGAGGCAGAGCACACCAAGAGCCAGAAUCAGGUGAUGGAAAAUGUCAUUGGAAAUCUCAGUGAGCCUACACCCAGCAACACACUGAGCACAGCUUUAGAGUCCCUGACUACCACAGUUCCUCCGAGCACCAGUCUUCCUCCUCAGUGUCCGGGGAACCAGGUGAAGCUGGAGAACAGCAGCGUCUGCAGCUGUCCAUCUGGCAUGGUGAAGGAAGGUGACAACUGUAGCUGCCCUGGGGGCUUCACUCUGGAGGGGGCCGCUGGGUGUAAAGUUGAGGAGAGGCAGAAUGAGCGUUUAACUGAAGCAGCUCCCCUAACUACCACAGUUUCUCCGAGCACCAGUCUUCCUCCUCAUUGUCCGGGGAACCAGGUGAAGCUGGAGAACAGCAGCGUCUGCAGCUGUAUGGACAGCUGCAGACGCUGCUGUUCUCCAGCUUCACCUGGUUCCCCGGACAAUGAGGAGGAAGACUGGUGCUCGGAGAAACUGUGGUAG